GCUUCACUCAGAUUGGACGGAGGCGGGCUGCGAGGAGGACGCGGGGCGAGUUGGGGCAGGAUGGAAGCUGUUGCAGAGCCUGGAAACCUGGCCGGCGUCCGGUACAUCGUCCUCGUCCUCUCGGGAAAGGGGGGCGUCGGGAAGAGCACCAUCUCCACAGAGCUGGCGCUGGCCCUGCGCCACGCGGGCAAGAAGCAGGUGGGGAUCCUGGACGUGGACCUGUGCGGCCCCAGCAUCCCCCGCAUGCUCCGAGUGCAGGGCAGGGCGGUGCACCAGGGCGACAGUGGCUGGGUGCCCGUCUUCGUGGACCGGGAGCAGAGCAUCUCCCUCAUGUCUGUGGGCUUCCUGCUGGAGCAGCCAGACGAGGCUUUGGUGUGGAGAGGCCCCAGGAAGAACGCACUGAUAAAGCAGUUUGUGUCCGACGUGGCCUGGGGGCAGCUGGACUACCUGGUUGUGGACACGCCCCCAGGGACCUCUGAUGAGCACAUGGCCGUGGUGGACGCCCUGCGCCCCUACAGUCCCCUGGGGGCCCUCGUGGUCACCACGCCCCAGGCGGUGUCCGUGGGGGACGUGAGGCGGGAGCUGACCUUCUGCAGGAAGGUGGGGCUGCGGGUGAUCGGGCUCGUGGAGAACAUGAGCGGCUUUGUCUGUCCCCACUGCUCGGAGUGCACCAACGUCUUCUCCAAGGGAGGCGGCGAGGAGCUGGCAAGACACGCCGGCGUCCCCUUCCUGGGCUCGGUGCCUCUGGACCCCGAGCUAACGCGGAGCCUGGAGGACGGCCGGGACUUCAUCCAGGACUUCCCCGACAGCCCCGCGUUCCCUGCGCUCUCCUCCAUCGCCCAGAAGAUUCUCAGCGAGACGCCCGUGGGGCUCUCCUGACCAAGGCAGGCUGAGCGCUCCUGUGCGCUGUGGGGCUGGAGGUCUGGGGUGGGGACCUGGCCAGGCCCCGUGUGCCCCUCUCCCCGCUGGGCCCGUCUGGGACGUUUCCGGAGCUUCAGUGGCAUCUUGGCUGAGCCGCUGACAGUGAGUGGCUCUGCCCGGUCACCCGGGCAUGGCGUGGGGUCCCCGUGCCGUGGCCUGCCCUCCUUGCUGGCAGAGCUCGGUACCCCCGUGGCCCAGACAGAUGGCUGCUCCCGACAGCCGAGUCUCCAUGUUGUUCACAGAGCUGGUGCGUCUGGGAGCUUGUCUGGCCUGCUGGCCCGCAAGCCCAGUGAAGGAGGUGACACCCACUAAGGUGUCAAACUUGUAACUCAGAGGAGCCCGCAAUAAAUGUAUCCCACCGCUGUGUUUACA